GGCGGCGCUUUACAACACUGUGCUGUGCACACUGUUUGACAUGUGGCAACACUUUUUUCGUGCGUUUGAUGUGUGCGUGCGCUUCCUAUUACAAUUUUUUCGAAGGAUUUUCCGUGUGUUUUGUUGACGUGCAGCGCGGCGGAAAGUGAAAAACGCAAUAAAACAGUGCCGUGCAACAGGGCGGGUCAGCGUUUGGCAUAAAGAGCAGUGUGUGCCCCGCGUGCGGUUAGGCGUAAGCGUUAAAAAAUGGCGAACGUAAGGGACAGCGACACAUCACUGUGGCUGCAUAAUAAACUGGGCACCUCGAACGACUCGUGGAUAAACGGCUCCAUCUGCUCGCAACUGAACAAGGAGGUGCUACGAAACAUCAAGGAAUGUUUUCCCGAUCUGCAGACGCAGGUUAAGCUGAAGCUUCUCCUCAGUUUCCUUCACAUUCCGCGCCGUCUGGUGGAGGAGUGGAAGGCGGAGCUUGAAGAGGUGAUCGAGGUGGCCGGUUUGGAUUCAGAGCUAUGGGUUUCCAUGCUAGCGGAGACGAUGAAGACCUUCCCGGCCACCAGCUCGCUGAACACAGAGAUCUCCGACUACGAGGACACGCGUCCCAUCUUCACAGACAUGGUCAACGACCUGCGCAGAUUGGUUACCAAGCACUCGGACCUGGGCAUGCUGCCCCUUGAGUGCCAGUACCUAAACAAGAACGCGCUGAUCUCAGUGGUGGGCCAGCAGCCCGCUCCCGUGAAGCAUUUCACGCUGAAGCGAAAGCCCAAGAGUGCCCAGCUGCGCACAGAGCUGCUGCACAAGUCCGCGGAUGCCCAGUCUUCUCUUAAGAAGGCUUCGGCACCAACGAUUCCAUUGCGAUCUCGUGGCAUGCCCCGCAAGAUGACGGACACCACUCCGCUUAAGGGAAUCCCAUCGCGGAUGCCUACUACGGGAUUUCGCUCGGCCACUGUGCCGGGAAAUGCCGCCCAGCGACCCAAUCUCAGUCGCACGCCCGCUGGUCGCAAGGAUGGUGGCAUUAAGCUGAUCGAGUUCACCGAACAGCCAUUAGGCUAUGCGGCAGCGAAGAAGCGGAAGCGCGAACAGCAACUGGAGGAACAGCAAAAGAAACAGGAACAAAAGCAGCAACAGGCGGCGGCAGCAGCUGCUGCUGCGGCCACAGCAGCGGCAACCAAUACUGGCGACAGUUCGCCAACGGACGGUGCCACGGCCAGUGGAGGAGAAACACCAGUCACGCCAACGUCGGCUAACAACAGUUUCGAAAUCAAAAUGGAACCACAACUACUCAACCAGAGCUCUGGAAGCCUGGAAGAACCACAGGACGAGGAGUUGACUGGCAAAACAGCCAUGGAAUGCGACCCCGAGACACCGGAGUACGCUACAGCCACUCUAGACUUUGCCCAGGCUAAUACAACAUCCGUAGCGGAUAUCCAACCCGGAAAACCCACAGCAGAGGUCAAGUUGAAGACGCCUCGUGCUCCAAAAUCCGCAGCGAAGGUAAACAACAAUAACAACAGCUUCAAUCACACCCCAAAACGAAUCAAGCAGGAGAUCGAGAUCAAGAGCGAGGAGAUAAUAGUCCCCGCCAAUAUAAAGUUGGAAAAGAUCGAGACUUCUCCGUCGACGCAGGGACAGCAGCAACGCGUUAUCAUCCAGCAGCAGCCGCCUAGUUUGGUUCAACGCACCCCGCACCUGCUCAUUCGCAGUUCGCCGCAGAAGCGGCAAAAUAAUGGAGCCACUACAAGCACAGGCACCACCACCACAGUGGGCAAUACCACUAUUAAAAUGGAAAAGUUGGACAUCAAGCCUAUGCUACGAGCCACCGGCGUUUCGCCCUCAACGAGUGCGGGCACUAUGACGACGCUUCUCACCCCGCAGCAACUGCGUCAGGCUGCCAAUCCGUUGGCCAAUUUACCCAAUAAUAUCUCUGUAAAGAUAACCUCUGCCAAGGCGAAAGCAGCGGCUGCCGCAGCAGCAGCACCCAGUGGCAGCCAGACCCAGACGCAGCAGCCGCAAACGGUACAGCUUCAGCAGACACCACAGCAGUCACAGCCCCCGCUUCUGAUCAACAGCUCAACGCCCGUUAUCUUGGCAUCCUCGCCUAGCGCUCAAAGAGCGAAGGCAUUGGCCAUGCCCAGUAGCAGUACCACCCCCACCACUACCACGACGAUACCGUCGCAAGCCAUAAAAACGAUGCCUCUGAGCCAGCUGAAGACGGCCACCAACAGCGGUCCGGUGAUCAUAUCGCAGACCAUUAUUCAACCGGCGAAGCGUGCCCAACAACAGGCUGGAACCUCGAGUGCAGCGGCCGCUUCUCAACAGCAGCAGCAACAACAGCAGCAGCAGCUGUUGCACCAGCAAAUCCAACAGCAGACGCAACAGCAGGCACAGCUGCCACAGCAGUCGCAGCAGCCACAGACGCAGUACAUACUGGCAACACCCCAACAACAACCGCAACAGAUUCAGCAGCAACAGCCCAUGUUGCCAACGCUUACCUCGUUCGCACACAGUCGUCCUUUGCCGCAGACAACGACGGUUUACCAAGCCACAACUCCUGGUGGAAAUGGCCAGACACCCACCAAGAUAUUGCUAAAAACCUCGGGCUCGUCGAGUGUGGUGAUGACACCUCUUCGCCAGGCCCAACCGCAGCAGGCUACCACAAUGGUGUCCUCGAAUCCUCCGCCCCUGGUGGCCACAUCAGCGGCAAUGGUUUCUCCCGGACAGACGAACACCCUGAAUAUUCAAAACGUGCAGCUACCCAAUCGGCCAGUGACAAUCCAACCAGCUUCUCAAGCUGCUCAGCAGCAGCAUAUGCAGGCCCAGAUGCAGCAGCAACAACCACAUCCGCAACACACGAUCGUGGCCAAUACAACGGCAACACAGCAGCCAAAGUUGUCGCAGGUCCUGAUGCAGCCAACUGGGGCAGUAGGCGCCAGUGGCGUGUCAGCUCUAAACGUGUCCCCUACGUCCGGAAAGAACAAGACCAUCAUUCUGACUCAGAAGGGCGUUAUACUGCGCAACAUUGGCGGCGACAUGUACCAGCAAAUACCCAUUAGCAAUGUGGGCAACCUGCAGGGUCUCGGCAGCACAACGCUGAUGACCACCACGGCUGGACCGCCUAGUCUGGUGAAGACUACACCCUCAAGUGGUGUACAGUUGCAGCAGCAACAGCCAGGAAAACAGAUCCUGCCCACAUUGAUACCAACCAGUACGCUUGGUGGACAGCACGUCAUUGUGCAGCAGCAACAACCCACCAACGUCAUUGGCAAUUCCCAGCAACAGACAAUUAUUCGGCCUGUGAUGACCAACGUUGGGGGAGGCUUGACCACGCUGCCGCAGGGCCUUACGCUAAUACAACGGCCGGGCCAGCAGCCGCAGCUGGUGCAGGUGCAAGCGGCGCCGGGCAGUACGCAGCGUACGAUUAUUACUCAAUCGAACACGGCGUCGCCGGCGUCGCAACAGCAGCCGCGUCAACAGCAGCAACAAAUACUGGUUCAACAAAAGCCGGCUCCGACCUUGCAGCAGCGUUUGGUCACCUCCACAACCAGCGGUGGCCAGCCGGGCAAUCCAAACGCCGGCAUCGCACGCACUGUCCAAGUUCAGGUGCAGGCCCAGCAGCAGCAACCACAGCAGCAGCAAGCUGCGCAACAACAGACGCAGCAGGCACCACAGCGUCGUGGUCUUUCGCUUUCUAACGAGCACGUGCAUAAGGCACAUGAAAUGUUCCGCAAGGCAAAUCGCGUCUCGCGACCGGACAAAGCCCUUAUUCUCGGAUUUAUGGCGGGUCUACGCGAGAACCCGCGCCCAAAUACCGAAAAUGUGCUGGUCAUCAAAUUGGGCGAAACAGAGGAAAAAGUUCGACAGGAGGACGGCAACACUGCACUGUGCUUGGUUGAGUCGCACAUCCGGCUGGACUACAACACCGGCGAGUGGAAGACAUUCCAGAACUACAGGCUACAGGAUCAGAGUGCCGCCUCAUAGUCCACAAGGGUCAUACGCAUAGUUCGCAGCACCAAGUGAACAUGAACAGCCAGGCUGAAGCCGAACUUGCGUAUAUGGAUUAUGGAUUAUAUUUUUUGAUUUGUCAUCCGUUUUGCACGGGCUGCUUCGUUGCCGCCCCUAAUUAGGCUACUAAAAACCUCUCUCCUUUCCCCACCCUCAGCCCUCCCGCAGUCAGCAAAGCGCCCUAAGAAUUGAUGGAAAUAAUGAAACUAUUUAAUAAUUAAGGUAAAUUAGCUGUACAGUUGUUUAGUAUGUAGUAAAGGCUAGCGCUUAAACAUUUAUUAAACAUGCCCGUUCACACAUCCACAAACAAGCACCCAAUCAUCCAUCCAUCGAAGCACACAGACAUAUUCAUCUCUGUCUGAACGCUUCACUGGAGAGCAGUUGGAAGGGCGGAUGGGCCAGAAGUGAACGUUCGGACAGAUCACAUAAGCACACACACACACAUAACAUAUGCACACACUCAUGCAUUUCAAAUCUGCAUAUAUAUAGUGUAUCUAGCUUAUGUAAUUAUUGUCGAGUAAAAAGUGUGUAAUUAUCUUACCAAGCAGCAUAAAAUUUAGAGACGCUGAUCGGCGCUCGUUAUUCAUUAGAAAUCCAAUAAAAAUAUAUAGAGAUAUAGAUAUAUAUGUAUGAGCCGCAGCAACCACAGCAAAAUUAACUUAAAUCUUGAAGUGUGUAAUAGACAAACAAUAAAACUAGCAUAUGUAUUUA